AUGCGUCACUCUUUAUUUUCAUCCUUACUCUGCCUAGCCACGAUUGUGGCUGGCGCAGUACUGGCCCCAAGAGAAAAGGAUGUUUCCUUGAAUAAUCAGUGGAAGAACCAUGAUGAAAUCGCGGCCUUCCAGCAGCAAACGGCAGACGGCACGUCAGGCGACAUUGAACUUCGUUUCAAGCCUUGGCUGAAUGAUGGUAGCGGAUGCUUUCCUUACGCAGCUGUUGAUAAGGAUGGCUUCCACGGGCGCGGCCUUAAACCUACAGGAAAGAGCGGCGGUGAUUGUCGAGAGUCGUCAAAGGGCCAGGUCUAUUCCCGAGUUGGAACCUCAAAUGGGCGCCCGGCCGUUCUCUACUCGUGGUACCUUCCCAAGAUCCAGACCAAGACCGAGAACCACCGGCAUUGGUAUCUCACCGUUGUGGUCUGGUUGCAUACCGAGAUAUGCAACGCUGUUGUUAAGGAUUACGACAUUGCGGGCAUCAGCUACUCCACCGGUACGGAGACGUACGACAAAAGCCUCACCUCGUCCACGAUAUUCGCCUCCGGAGAUAGCGGGACGGGUGCUACCAACACGCACGCCAUCGUAGGCUACGACGGCCAGGUUAACGUUUUCCCUUCGACAAACAAUGCUCAGUACGGACUCAGCCCACCUUUGAUUAGCUGGGACAAGUUGUCGCCAGCGGCCACGUCUCAGUUCAAUGCCUUCCGCUAUGAACAUGCCCGCUGCCCCUUCACUGACGCCAACAUCCAAGGCUCUCUCGACGCAGCUUACAACGCGGACUUUUACGCUAAUCUUGCUGCCGAGCCUGACUCGAAAUGCGACGCGACUCCCACCACACCUUCAACACCAGAUGCUUCCUCAACGGGGGUUUCAAGCGACCCGAACACUGACCCUGUUGAGGAAGGACCGGAUAUCCCUUUGUCUUCCUUCCCGGCGGAUCCUACCUACACGCCUACCCCUGCCAAGAGGCUGUAAGACUACGAGCGUACAUGUGAUGGAUUGUAUUGUCCGGUGCGGACAGAAGUAAAAAUAAUCUUGGUUGGCUGCAUCUAAUUUACUGACUGGAACAUUAUGAUGAACUUCUCCUACAUCUGCCUACCAAUGUUUGCGCAUGGUUGC